GCGGGCAGUGAAGGGGCAAGCACUCGCCUCACCGGAGCCGCCGGCCUUCCCGCCCACCACAACCACACGGAUACCCGGCUGUUGCUCCUCUUUCCCCCUCCCACUUUCAUCCUUUUUUGCCUUUCUGGCUGUGUGUGCCGCGCACCCUGCAAUGUAGGACGGUGGUGGAAGCUCUUGACCUCGAAGCUGGAAUCCAAUCUAAUCUCUCUAUGAGAGCCAGGGUGGUGUAGUGGUUAAGGGGUUGGACACGGAUUCGAAUCCCCACACGGCCGUGGGUGACUUUGGGCCAGUCACAUGCCCUCCGCCACACCUACCUCACAGAGUUGUUGCGAAGCUGAAAGAGAGGAGAGCAGUGUGAGCUGCUUCGGGUCUCCACUGGUGGGGAAAGGCAGGAAGCCAACGCAACGUGUGUGCAAAGUGCCAUCAAGUUGCAGUCAGCUUAUGGCGACCCCAUCUUAUGGCGACCCCAGUUUUGAGAAGAAGAUGGGGUUUGCAGUGCACACACUCCUUUUGCAGGGAUCGUAGCACUGGAACAGCCUUUGAAAACAUCAACAAGCCAGUUAUCGACCGUAUAAUCAGGGUGGAUCACGCCGGAGAAUAUGGGGCGAACCGCAUCUACGCUGGCCAGGCAGCAGUGUUAGGUCGGACUUCAGUUGGACCAGUGAUCCGGCACAUGUGGAAUCAAGAAAAAGAGCAUUUGAAAAAGUUCAACGAGUUAAUGAUCUCGUAUCGAGUCCGGCCCACUGUUCUGCUGCCUUUCUGGAACAUCACAGGUUUUGUGCUAGGCGCGGGGACUGCCUUGCUCGGCAGAAAAGCUGCCAUGGCGUGCACGGUGGCUGUGGAGGAGAGCAUAUCGCACCACUACAACAACCAGAUCCGGACGCUGAUGGAAGAAGAUCCGGAAAAGUACAGAGAAUUAUUAGAGGUAAUAAAGAAAUUCCGGGAUGAAGAGCUGGAGCAUCAUGACAUUGGGCUCGAACACGACGCAGAGCUGGUUCCGGCGUAUUCUGUUUUGAAGAAUGCAAUACAGAUUGGAUGCAGAGCUGCCAUAUUUUUAUCAGAAAGAAUAUAGUGGCUCUUUUGAUCAAUGGUAUGAUCCUGGUAUUUCAAAUAAUGUAAAGGAAACCUACAAUAGACUAUUUUUUCCCCUU